AUGGUUUCUUUUCAUGAUCCUGUUGUUCAUCUUGAUAUACAAUUUCGGACGGUCCAAUGUUAUGAUGCUUUAAAUAUCCCAUUAACGCUACGUAUACCCCCUAAUACUUUGCCAAGAGAUAUAUCUGCUAUGCUUUCAAAAGAGCAACUUGAAAAGCAGUUAUCAUUAGUACCGUUGAAGCUAAAUGCUCUUAUCAAACUGUAUUUCGAUGCACGUACUGUACAUUUACUACAAGAUCGGUACAUAAGUACAUGUUUACUGAGCUUCAUUUCAACUCAUCUCAGUCAAUUAUCUCCCGAAGAAUGGAAUGAAGUAAAAACAACUUUAUCGCAAACUGUAUGCAUAUCGACAACAAAAGGUAUGCAAAUACCGUCGAAAUCCUUCAUUCCAUCAGAACUUCUUUCAUCUGAAUUACCUAUUGUACAACUUAAUAUAAUAGCUGACCAGCAAUCAAGCGAAAAUGUUGAAAAUCCGGUUUCGACUUAUUUUCUCAAACAAAUUGGUUGUCGCACGGUAAAUAUCGAUGCGGUCGGUCGUGAUCAAGCUGUUUCAAAUAAUUCUGGAAUCCUGCAAACGUUCAUUCAAGAUUUAGUAAAACAACGAAAUAAUUUGAGUGAAGCAGAUUUCAAAGAAUUAAAAACAAAGGCAUCUUUGAUAGGCACAACAUUAGCAGGAACUGAAAAAACAAAACGGAAAUAUAUUCCUAGAGAACUUCAUUUCCCAUCUGUUGCCAUCGUACUCGAAUGGACUACAUUGCCAAGCAUUGAUUGGCCUGAUAUCGAUCCACGUUCACCUGAAUAUAGUUUUCUCAAAGAAAUUGGCGUACAAGAGGUACCUAAUUUGGAAAAACUUCUCGAGCGAAUCAUUCAAGAACAUCAUGAGGAAAUACAAAAGCAAAAUACUAAUGGAAAAUAUAAUAUACCAAGAGCAUUUCGGUUUUUCGUUGAAAACUUUUCGGAACACUAUAAUAAAUCAUGGAAGACUGGUUCAUUGGGGCAAUAUAAGUUUCUUCCAUCGCAUCCCCCAGAAAAAACUAGCAAUGAAAUUAAUGCAAAUGAUGUGAUACUCUUAGCGACAAACGAAAUAUUCACAGUUGUAAACCCAUUAUUUCCUAGUCCCUUAACCGACGUGAUCGAAUUAUUUCAGAAGCAUGUUGAUAUUGCAUUGCUUGGCAUCAAGGAUAAUCCAUCUCUUCCACAAGCAUUCAAUACUAUGAUGAAAAAAGCGACGGAACUUUUGACAGAACAGACGGCAUCAAAAAUAUUUGCCUAUAUGAAUGAACUCGACGGAUUAAACAACACGUUCAUUGCAAACGUAUCUCAAUUUAAUUUCAUUCCACUGCAAGGACAUUCAAAUGACACUAUAUUGAUGAAACCAUCGCAAGUUUUCAUUCGUUCGGAUGUGACGUCGAGUAAAACGACUACUACUGAAACCAACGGUAUCGAUACACGUGGGCUUAUUGACUAUGUUGACUUCGGUGUCGCUGCCAACACAUUUCUUUCUCGUGUUGGUGUUCGCAACGAUCCAACACCUUCAGCUCUUGCUGAACUUCUCAUUGAUCGGCAGGUUGCUUAUUUUAAAAGCGCAGAAAAUGACAAGGAUCUUUUGAAUAGCAGAAUUAAUGUUUAUAUCGAUUGUCUAAAAAAACUUGCUGUUGCUGCUGUUUGCUCAAAUGAACUUCAACAGAACCUUGUAAGUAAACGUCUAAGAACCAAUGCAUGGUGUCUGGGUUUUCAAACGAUUGUUGAUAAAAAUGGUGUCAGUGAACAACAUUUUAAAAUUGUUAAUCCAAAUAAGAUAUAUCUUGAUGAUAAUUCAGUGUAUUCGAAAUAUUUUCAACCAUUGUUACCUCCAUUACAACAAGGAUUUCCCAAAUUAUAUGAACAAUUCGGAGCUCAAUGGCUAUCGGGUUGUAUCCAAGAAAAGAAAAAACACAAAGGCACACCAGUAACUUCUCAACGUGCAACUCAAUUGCAAAAAUUGAUUGAAAAUCGAUUUCCCAUAUUGUUUGUCGAUAAUAAACCCCAAAGUACUACUUCAUGUAUACUUGAACAUGAUAAAAGUAAGGUGACAUUGUACCUUCGACAAGAUGUAGUCUCAUUGGAUUAUCAUCAUAUUACACGUGAACUUGUUCAGUUUGCAUUCAACAAAUCAGUAGAAUACCCGUGUGAAAUCAGAGAUAAACUUGAAUUACCCUUAGAAAUGCUUGAACAACGAGGUAUUCCUGUUGCUCGCUUGCUUUCAACUGCACCGACAAUAGGUAGGAAAACUAAAUAA